AUUUGUGGGCAAUAAACAACCAACAAAGUUAUCUUUUAUCCCACGUUUCUUUCUCUCCCAAAAACAUCAAUAUUUUCUCUCUUCUUUUUCUCUCUUUCACUUUAUAGAUUCUUCUCAAUUCAAUUCUUCAUCCCUUUGAGUUUUUUAUAUUGAUAUUUGAAAACUAUAGUUAGUUACUGAAAAUGGAAAAUGUUUCAGAUGAGAUGAAUUUGCCACCUGGGUUUAGGUUUCAUCCAACUGAUGAAGAGCUUAUAAGUCAUUAUCUUUAUAGAAAGGUAACUGACAUUAACUUUUCUUCUAGGGCCAUUGGAGAGGUUGAUUUGAACAAAUCUGAGCCUUGGGAUUUGCCAUGGAAAGCAAAAAUGGGCGAAAAAGAGUGGUAUUUUUUCUGUGUGAGAGAUAGAAAGUAUCCAACAGGUUUGAGGACUAAUAGAGCAACUGAAGGUGGAUAUUGGAAGGCAACUGGAAAAGAUAAGGAGAUUGACAGAGGUAAAUCUCUUGUUGGAAUGAAGAAAACUCUUGUUUUUUACAAAGGAAGAGCACCUAAAGGAGAGAAAACAAAUUGGGUUAUGCAUGAAUAUAGACUUGAGGGUAAAUUCUCUGUGAUCAACCUACCUAAAACUGCAAAGAAUGAGUGGGUGAUUUGCAGGAUAUUUCAGAAGAGUUUAUCAGACAAAAAGACAUGCACACUUUCUGGGAUAAUGAGGUUAGAAUCAUUUGGAAAUGAAAUGAGUUCUUCUAUUCUUCCACCUUAUUCCAUUAACAAAACCAAAUCACCUUACGUGUCCUGCUUCUCCAAUCCAAUUGAAACAAACCAAGCUGGAACCUUUGAUUCCUUUACCAACAACCCUUUUGAGGUUCCUUCAAAUCAUACAAUGAAUCUUCCAAAAAACACACUUUCCAUUGAUUCAUUUUACUCUACUCAAGAACUGCAAGCUACACCAAAUUUUCCAUCACCAAUUGAUCUAUCUACCUUGUGGAACUACUAAACUCAGAUAAAAAAGAGUUACAUCAGAUAAUUUGAACGAUAGUGAAGCAUAUUAUGGUGAUGUAUUGUACUAUAUGAAUUAUCAUUAUGGUGAUGUAUUGAAUUGGUUGAUUGAUACUUGAGGUUCAUGGUUGUCAUGGUUUACAUGAGAAUUAUUAUUUUGUAUAAGUUUGGAUUUUAUUAGAAAGUGACAUGAUUGGAUUUUUUUGUGUGGAUUCUAUGACAACUAUAUAGAGAGUGACAUUUAUAUAUUCUGAAUUGUAAAUUA